AUGAAUGAUUUGGACGCAGGGCACGUCUCCACUGCUGUGGCCAGUAUUCUGAUAGAAGAAGUCUUCGGCUAUCACACCAUCAACCGCAGCAGUGGAGGAGGACCACAGGAGGCCUACCGAGCAGUUGCUGGUUGUCUAGAUCCAGGUGAUGAAUCCUCUUGCGGUGCAGCGGCAGGGACGAUCCCCACAAGUUGGCACAUUGCCCUUGAUGUGCGGCAACCUUUUCAAGCAACCACGACUCUGCCUACUUUGGAUUUUGUGGAUGCUGGUGCCAUGUCCUAUGUUGGACGAAGAGGACACUUUCUCAAGAACUCGGUCUCAACAUCAGGUACCAUUCGUUACAUGGAUCUGCAAUUCCUCUCCUUCGACACCAUCAGCUCUGUAGAUAGAUUCUAUUUGAAGCAAUGUACCAACACGCAGCUGGCGAAUACGACCAUGAUCCGGAGCUACUUGGACAUCGUCUCCGACAGCAGCGGUGUAACUUUGGGCAACGGUGGAUUUAUCGCCUUUUGCCCUGCUGAUGGAUACUUCUGGCUGGCGCCAAGCUGUCGUUCCAACAGUUCUCAAUGCAUCCCCUACUUUUUCAACUCGUAUCAUCGCGCAGUCGACGUGUUGGAGGUGAUGCAGAAGGCUGCCGUCUGGAAUAUUCCCUGGGCCAUUAGUGUGGCCUACGAUGAGGCCAGCUUUGAGGAGGUGCUUGCGACCAGCCGAAGCAUGUUUUUCCGCUACACACCAGAUUCACAGGUUGGCCUGGUCUCGCCCGUGGAAGUCAUCUUUCCAGCCCAUAACAGCGCUGCCUGGGCAAAUGGAAAUUUUUCCACAGCUUCAACGGACGUUUCGGUGCAAAAGCUCUUGAGUCAGGACCUCAUAACCCUGGCGCCAGAGGUUGAUGCAUUCAUCGUUGCCUUUGAUCUCACUGCAGCACAUGUGGAGACACUUCUGGCGGAUUCAGAGGCUUUGGGCUCUUUUCGAUCUGGAGCUUGCAAUUGGUUGAAUAAUUGGCCGGAGGUUGCUUGA